AUGCUGCCUCCGGCGAGUGUAUCGCCAGCAGCAGCAGCAACUGACGCAGCCUCAGACCUACAGGCACAACGGCCUCCACAGCAGCAGCAGCAGCAGCAGGAGCAGCAGCAGGAGCAGGUAGAACAGCAGGAGCAGCAGCAGCAGCAGCAGCAACAGCAGCAGCUGCAGCAGCAAGAAGAGACAGAGCUGCUGCACUCGUUGGUGCUCGAGCUGCUGGAUCGCCUUCACCUGCAGCAGCAGAGACACCCGGAGGAGACAGAUGAUGCUUCAGCAGCAGCAGUUGCAAAGCUGCGAGAAGACUUUGCUGCUGCACUGCAGCAGCAGCAGCAGCAGCAGCAGCAGCAGCAGCAGCAGGAAGAGGAGCAGCAGCAGCAAGAGCUCCCCGAGCAGCUGCUGCAGCAGCAACGGCUGCGGCAGGACGAAUGGUGGCUGCGGGCCAAACAGCAGGAGGCAGCAGCAGACGCCUCAGCAGCAGCAGCAGCAGCAGCAACAGGUGCAGCAGGUCGAGCUGCCGGUGACCAGCAGCAGCAGCAGCAGCAGCAGCAGCAGCAGCAGCAGCAGCCGCUGCUGCUGCCACCAGAAGCUGUUGUCUUCUCACAGGAGUAG